AUCUUUUGGGGAAAACAACGGGUGCUGUGACAAUGCUGUGAUAUCAAAGAAGAGAAAAGCUCUGUAGUGUAUUCCAAAACUACUGCGUAUUCGUAGUGUAGCAUGCCUUCUGCCAUGAGGAUUCCUGUUCCUGGUCUCUGUCUGUUGCUACCGGUGCUGGUAGCAGUGGCAGAGCUUCCUUUGUUCGUCGAAGGAUUUACACCACUUCGUUCAACCUCCACGAGGAGCACCACCAAUGUCGCUCUGUCAUCGGAGGUAUCCUCCAGCGAAAGCGUUGGGGAAGCCCCAGCCAACUUGAGCCGCCGCAAUCUCUUGACAGCAUUGGUGCCCGUUGUUGGAUCCGUGGCUGGGUGGAAAUGGCAAUCUAAAAAUUCUGCCGUACAAGACUUGACCUCUACCACCACAAACAGCCCAGCCGAAAUUUUGGGAUCUAUCGAAGAGGUCCUUGCAGCGAUUGAGGCUCAAUGUGAUCGAAGAUUUCUUCAUGCUCUCGUGGCGACAGAGUAUCAACAACUCUUGUAUCGAGACGUCCAUUCCAACGAUUCUAUUACCAACAAUCGCAGAUAUGCUUCUGUCGUCAAGGUGGCAACCCCAAGCGACAAAACGCCCAUACAUGACGAUUUUAUCGCGGCCCUGUCAACAACUUUAUUAGCGGAAAAUUCGGUGGAUUCCCCCUUUUACUUGACCACCACUGGCGGCAGCAAUAAGAGGAACAUGGUGUCGUGCUGGCCAUUGGGGUCAAAUGUGCACUAUGCCUGGCCGGAAUUGGAACAAGACAGCCUGUGGUCCAACAACAACAAAAUGACGGCAAGCAGUCAGAGUAUCAUUGUGGAUGGUGUUGAUUGUGGAGUCAUGUCUUUGGAAGAUGCUUUGGAAAGACCUCGCGGCCAGGUCAUGGUUCAUGCAAAUUCCUUGCUCUUGGUUCCGGCUACGAUGGAGCAAGAGCUCAUUGCCAGAUUGAAGGAAUCUUUCAUAAUCUAACUGCAUAGACUGGUAGAAGUGGGUCGAUAGAUAGAUUGUUUGUGGAACGGCACGAUGAUGAUUCAUCGAACAUUAAAGGGGCGUCAGAGUAGUUGCGUGGGAGUUUGCGAGAUUGACUUGUGCCACGGUAAUGGAACCCUACCGUACGAACGAGCGCCGUAGCUCGCGGCAGCGUUUACAUCUUCCUUUUGCCUACCGUAUAGCGAUCUCUGAGUGUACCGGUAGCUACGAGACAGUUUGGCCUUUAUGAAUUAUGUCCUAUGGUACUGACUAUGGUGCGGUUUGAUUGAUUGCAUUUGUCAGCCACAUGAGACCCCGCCCUGCUUUUGAUUUUGGGUAUACUGAUCCGCAUUUCAGCACUACACUGUAGCUAGACUUCCAGGAGCUUCUUCAUUUUCACAAAUUUGACCAGGCCACCAUGGCAAGUUGAGACAGCAGGAAGAAACCCUCGAGGGUGCAAAUUCAGAUGAUCGUGUAGGUUGUUGACAAUGUCAUAGGAAAUAUCUUCUUCGUUUGCAUUUGAAAACUGAAUUUUCAAGGUACCGUUUUGCCGAUCACUGGGACUCAGGUUGAGCGUCACCUUGAAUUGUACGCCCACACGGAUAGGGUAUGAUCCUAUAUGUGCUUUGCCCUCAUUGUAUGCAUUGCCACUGUCAUCAUAUCCCCACCCACCCUUUUGUCUAUAAAACAGAGAUCCAUUGUCCACAAAU